CCAGCGCCGGCUGCUAUAGUGACCGAUACUGUAAGGUGGGGACACGAAACAACUUCUCUCUCUCUCUCUCUCUCACUGCGAGAUUGAUUUUGGAAGAAGAGGAGGAUGGUGGAUGCUAUAAUGGAGGAUGUUCCCGAUUUACCUGUCCUUUUAAAAGCUUCCGCUGAGUUUGCUUCAUAUCCUGGUCAACAUAGUGACGCUUCCGUCAAGGAAUUCCUCGACCGGUUCCCUCUUCCUCUCAUCUUCAGUGCUUUAAGUCUGAAAUCUGAUGUGCCUGGGCUCGAGAGUUCAUUGGUAUCAUGUCUUGAAAUGAUAUUCGGAACAAAGUAUGGGAUUUCUCAUGUUCCAGAGUAUAUGCCUUUUGUAUGUGUUGGGCUUAGCGCACAAUCGCAGGCGGUCAGGUGUUUAGCAUGCAAAGCUGUUGCAAACUUUUUGGAGAAUGAUUGUACAGAUGGUAAAGCUGCAGAGCUCGCUAAUAGUCAUGGUGCAUAUCCGUUGCUUAUUGAUUGUCUUCUUCAUGGGGAUGAACGAGUAUCUGCAUCUUCUAUAAAAGCUAUUAUCAAUCUCUCAAAGACCGCUCCUGGGAUUGGAGUCAUCUUUCCAACAGAUGGUGAUGACCCUACACAUCUCAAAAAUGUUGUAGAACAUAGCUCAUCAUCGGCACGUAUUCGGGUGUUUUCACUCAUUGCAAAACUGUUUUCUACUUCAGCUGCUGCUUCAGCAAUUCACAGUUCUGGUCUUCUUGAUCUGUUGGUGGCAGAAGUCAAAAACUCAAAUGAUGUUCUUAUGACUCUAAGCACUCUUGAGGUUUUGUAUGAGGUAGCAUCAUCACCGCAUGGUACACAAUAUCUUUUAAAGACCACUCUUCUGCAGUUACUAACUUCAUUGAUCAGGAACUCAGCUGAGUCUGUUUUGCGAUCAAGAGCAAUUAUGAUAUGUGGAAGAUUGCUUUCUUCUGAUGAUAUGUUCACGAUAAUUGGUGAAUCUACACCUAUUGUGUCAGGUAUUGGAGAUGCUCUAUCUGCGAUUAAUGGAAUUUUGGAGAAUUUGGAAAGUGAAGACUCAGAUGAAUGCUCAAGUGCAAUCGAUAGCCUAGGCCAGAUUGGAGCUUCAUCUGAAGGAGCUGAACUGUUAUUUUCAAGUUCACUUCCCAUGGUUAAGCAUGUGAUAGAGGCAGCAUUCAGACGGAAAGACAGGAGUAAGCAGUUAGCAGCUUUACAUGCCCUUGGAAAUAUUGUCGGUGAAGGUAGACCAGCAGACCGUAAGUUGUUAAGCGAUCCUUCGGAAGAGCGUCUUCGUCAGUUGAUCUAUGAGACAGUUUCUUCUAGUUCCAAACUGACACCAUCGGGGCUGCUUCUUUCAGUUCUGCAACAGGAUCCUGAAAUUCGGUUGGCAGCUUAUAGAGUGAUCACUGGACUUGUUGUUCGGUCUUGGUGCCUUUUGGAGGUUUGCUUGAAGCAUGAAAUUAUAGACAUCAUUACUGAUGCUUACUCGGAGACGACAAAAUAUGGCAUGGAAGUUCGACAUGAGUGUUGUUUGGCCAUAGCAAAUGCUUUGGCAACUCAACGUGACCUAGACGAGCCUUCACUCUCGGGAGUAGCUUCUAAGGUGCAGGAAGCAGUGAGAAGAGGUCCUUACCAUGGCAAAAAACGAGCAGAAGCCCAGCCGGUGGUUGUGCCAGCUGAACGAUUCUGAGUUGUAACUUUUUAGUCUUGGUGCCUCCUUGUAGUUAAACCUUUUCUUUGGAAUGCUUCCUUGCAAACCUGUUCUGGAGCACAAGUUUUGCAUGUCAAAGUAUCUGAACUGAACAUUUUUGUACAAGGAAGAGUUCUGCUUCUGAAGAA